CACCAGUGUUGCCGCACCGUUCGGAAGCUGAGGGGGCCGGUGCGGCGGCGUCAAGAUGGCGGCGGCGGUGGCGGCUGCGGCGGCUGCGGCGGCCGCGGCUGCAUCUCUCCAGGUACUGGAGAUGGAGAGCAUGGAGACUGCCGCCGCCGGUUCGGCGGGCCUGGCUGCCGAGGUCCGAGGCAGUAGCACGGUGGACUUCGGGCCCGGGAUCUCUGCCAUGGAGGCGAGCGGGGGCGAUCCAGGCCCAGAGGCCGAGGACUUCGAGUGCAGCACUCACUGCUCGGAGCUGUCCUGGCGGCAGAAUGAGCAGCGGCGGCAGGGCCUGUUCUGCGACAUCACCCUGUGCUUCGGUGGGGCCGGAGGUCGCGAGUUCCGCGCCCACCGCUCGGUGCUGGCCGCCGCCACCGAGUACUUCACGCCCUUACUCUCGGGCCAGUUUUCCGAGUCGCGCUCCGGCCGGGUGGAGAUGCGCAAGUGGAGCUCGGAGCCGGGACCCGAACCUGACACGGUAGAAGCCGUUAUCGAGUACAUGUACACCGGGCGCAUCCGAGUGAGCACUGGCAGCGUGCACGAGGUGCUGGAGCUGGCCGACAGAUUCUUAUUGAUUCGUUUAAAAGAAUUUUGUGGAGAAUUUCUCAAGAAAAAACUUCAUCUCUCAAAUUGUGUGGCCAUUCAUAGUUUAGCCCACAUGUACACCCUAAGUCAGCUUGCUAUGAAAGCUGCAGAUAUGAUCCGGAGAAAUUUCUAUAAAGUCAUUCAAGAUGAAGAAUUUUAUACUUUACCUUUCCAUCUCAUUCGAGACUGGCUUUCAGAUUUGGAAAUUACCGUGGAUUCUGAAGAAGUUCUUUUUGAAACAGUUUUGAAGUGGGUUCAGAGAAAUGCUGAAGAGAGAGAGAGAUACUUUGAAGAACUUUUUAAAUUGCUCAGGUUGUCCCAGAUGAAACCCACCUACCUUACACGGCAUGUCAAACCAGAGCGUCUGGUGGCCAAUAAUGAAGUUUGUGUCAAGCUGGUGGCUGAUGCUGUGGAGAGGCAUGCCCUCAGAGCAGAGAAUAUACAGUCUGGCACACUCCAGCAUCCCGCUUCCCAUGUCUCACUCUUACCUCGCUACGGACAAAACAUGGACGUAAUCAUGGUUAUUGGAGGUGUGUCAGAAGGGGGAGACUACUUAAGUGAAUGUGUGGGAUAUUUUGUUGAUGAGGACAGAUGGGUAAAUCUUCCCCACAUUCAUAAUCACCUUGAUGGACAUGCUGUUGCAGUAACAGAAUCUUAUGUGUAUGUUGCUGGCUCGAUGGAACCAGGCUUUGCUAAGACUGUGGAAAGGUACAACCCAAACUUGAAUACAUGGGAACACGUUUGUAGUCUGAUGACAAGAAAGCAUUCUUUUGGGCUAACAGAAGUCAAAGGGAAGCUGUAUAGCAUUGGAGGACAUGGCAAUUUUAGCCCCGGCUUUAAAGAUGUGACUGUUUACAAUCCCGAGCUUGAUAAAUGGCACAACUUAGAAUCAGCACCAAAGAUUCUUCGAGAUGUCAAAGCACUAGCUAUUGAAGACCGUUUUGUGUACAUUGCUGCCCGCACUCCUGUGGACCGGGACACUGAGGAUGGACUGAAGGCUGUAAUUACUUGCUAUGAUACAGAGACUCGACAGUGGAAAGAUGUAGAAUCUUUACCACUUAUUGACAAUUACUGUUUUUUCCAGAUGUCUGUGGUCAAUUCAAACUUUUAUCAGACAGCAUCUUGCUGUCCCAAGAGUUAUUCUUUAGAAAAUGAAGAGGCAGUAAGAAAAAUUGCCGGACAGGUGUCUGAUGAGAUCCUUGAAAGCUUGCCUCCAGAAGUCCUGAGCAUCGAAGGAGCAGCCAUUUGCUAUUAUAAAGAUGAUGUCUUCAUUAUUGGAGGCUGGAAAAACAGCGAUGAUAUUGACAAACAGUAUCGGAAAGAAGCCUACCGAUACUGUGCUGAGAGAAAGAGGUGGAUGCUCCUUCCUCCCAUGCCUCAGCCCCGUUGUCGAGCCACCGCUUGUCACGUUAGGAUCCCCUACCGAUAUUUGCAUGGCACGCAGAGAUACCCGAUGCCUCAAAAUUUAAUGUGGCAGAAGGACCGCAUCAGACAGAUGCAAGAGAUACACCGGCACGCCCUGAACAUGCGGAGAGUGCCAAGUUCCCAAAUUGAAUGCUAAACUUGCCGAUGUGUGCAGUUGGAAACUGUUCUCCCCAUCCCAUGGGGCUGGAGAUACCUGGACUGUUACUUGGAAAAGUAUGUCGAUAACUUAUUUUCUACUUGGACUUAUUACCCUAUAACGGAAGUUUAAAAAAACAAACAGGAAACUCAGUUUAGUGUGGUAAUUUUUGUUAACUUACAGUCCUGUCUUUAGUUUGUAUGCUGGCAAAUAAGAUCUUAUUAAAGAGAAGUGGGGGAAAGCAAGUCUAGUUACUUGGCCUUUUUUUUUUUUUUUUUUGCCAACACUGUAACUCCUUUUUUUAGGGACCUAUAUUUGGGGCUUUAAGCACCAGUGUUAUUUGCACAUUUACUUUGAUAUUCCUUUACAUUUUCUGUAGAUUGUUUUCAAUUUAUACAUUAAGUUCUCAUCUGCAGGAGGCAUGUGCAAUAGUGAGACUGGAUCUGAAGGUAAAAGCACAAUGUUUCAGCAAGAUUGAUCUCAGAAUGUUGGCGCUCACAUUUGUUGUGUUUAUAAAUGCUGUUUUUGUUCCUUGGAAGGGGGACCAGUGAGAAGUUUGAUUGGCACAUCAUCUGGCUUUUGUUUCUGCCACAGCUAUUUAUAGACUUGAAGCCAUCAUUCUGAGAUGAGAAUUGGGGAGGUAUUAGUAUUUAGCUGAUUGACUAGAGAGGAAGUUACACAGGUGAAGUUUGUUUCUCUAAGGAAAGUGUUCAGUGUAGCUGAGAAAGCAAGUGAACAACGUUUUGAAACACUUUGAAGGGUUGUGACUGAGCUGAGGAGGAUGCAGCAUGCCUGUGACAAUCAUGCGCGAUGCCUUCAGUUCAUUUUUUUGCUCCAUUGAAUAUUAUAUAGGCUUUUUAUCAGUUCUUUCCACAAGAAAAACUUUCAAAAUGGCAAUGAAAGUAAGAGUUUAGAAAAUACUCCUAAGAGAAGCCAUGUUAUUUCUGGCUCUUGAUUGUCAUAUUGUACUGGAUUACCCUAGACUUUUAUUGCAAUUUAGAGCCUAGAAUACCAAAUCUGAGUACAUAGUUUUGGCUUUUAAAAAUUUAAGGCUUUCAUAUAACACAUUUAAAAGGAAAAUUUCAAAAGGUUAAAUAAUCAGUUCAAUGACUGUCAUCUUUCAGAAAAGGUUUUUAAUCUAUACAUAUUUUUGUUAUUCUCCCUAAAGUAGUCUUAGUUUUUUGAGACAGGGUCUCUCUAUUUAGCCGUGGCUGGCCUGGAGCUCACUAGGGUAGACUAGGCUUUGACCAUACAUAGAUCCUGAGGGGAAAACCUCCAAUAAUAAACUACAAUGAUACUGUACGUUCACAUUCCUCUAACUGCUUGCAUUUAUUAACAUUUUCUUUAGCUGUUAUUUUAGAGCUCUCAUACUCAAGAUCUAUAAUUCUCAGUUGCUUUAGGUAUAUCCUUGAGUCCGUUCUCUUAGUGUCUGCAUAUUCUUUGUUUGCUGAUUUUAUCACCUAUUUCUGUGUAUGGUAUCGAGGGUUAGCUCUUUCAUUUACAGUGUCUUUUGAGCCUUGUAUUGGUAUCAUUGCUUUUGUACUAUUUUUGAUAGUACAUCCCUGCUCAGUACUUAAAUUUUUUUGUUCAUCUGUAGACAGUUAGAAUGUAUAGUUUCCCAUUUUUAAGGCUCUAGAUCUAAUUUGUACUUAAUUUCUGAAUUCCCUUGUGCAAGACUUUAGUCUUGGAGUGCUCAGCCUUAGGCUUUUGUGAGUAAUCCUGUUCUUGGUGGAGCAUUAUACAACUUCUCUUUGUAAAUCCUACCAUCAGAGAAACAUUUCUCUUUUGGAUUUUUGUUUUAAUGCACAUCUCAAAUUGCAGAGAUUUCCCCAGAUCUUGCUGAUUUUAUUUUACCUUUGAUUUUUUUUUUUUUUUUUUUUUUUUUUUGACAGUCUUUCUAUGUAGUGUUGGCUGACCUGGAAGUCUCUUUGUAGAUCAGGCUGGCCUGAACUCAUGGAGAUCUACCAUCCUCUGCCUGGGGUUAAAGGCCCUGUCCCACCCACUAUGCUGGGCUUGAUGGCUCUUUAGCACACUAAUUUUAUUUUCCACUUCAGUUUCUUUUGUAAGUUCAUGGUGUUGUCAUUAGGGUCUUUCAUGGCACUUCUUUCUUUCCUAACCUAGUACUUGUCUGUACAUUUUGUUUUCCUUUGUAGUCUUCUUUCACCUGGUCUGUUAAUCUAAACUGUGAGCCCCCUUGACUUGCAGCAUCAAUGAUGGAGCUGGACUUCCCAAAUCUGUACUCUGUACUCAGAUUCUCUGGAAGAGCUAUUUUGUCUAUAAGCUGCUGGAUAUUGGUUCCCCAUUCUUGUAGAUUUGCUGUCUUUAGCAUGGUCAGCAGCAUCGGUGCCACUGUGCUUCAGCGCCUCUGGCACUUGUGAUUAUCAUGUUUGUCAUUCCUUCCAACCUAAUUCCUUUCACUCCCAUCAUUCUAAACACUGUUCUGCUGGAUUGGCUCUGAGACUAUGAGUUUUUCAUAUUCAGGAAGAAUUUCCAUAUUGAUUUAACAUGACAAGUCAAUUGUAGUCAGUCCAAAGACAUCUUGAUUGAUUUGUUGAUUCAUAACUGGUAUAUAAGCAUUCUUUAGUAAAGAUUUAGCUGUAAUCCUCACUGAUAGCCAGGGUAAAGCCACUUUUUCUUCAGUAUUCACUUCAUGUUCAACGGUUUUGUUUGUUUUGUUUUGUUUUUUGUUUGUUUUUUUAACAAGCUUAGAGAAUACAGUUGCAUUAAGCGUGCAUAUUUAAAUCAGCACUGCUCUCCAGCAGAAUAGAGGCAUGUUCUCUUGAUAUUGUAGGGCCUUCGUCAGACCUGUGCAGUCACCAUUUCUGAACAGUCAUACACACACGCAAUAUAUAAAACAGUUGGGAGUGCGGAUAAUUCUCAAAGGUGGCAUCACUGGUAGGUCCCAUCCUCUAAUGGGCUUUGACCUCAAGGAAGUUACAUCAAGGAAUACCCGUUUUUUGAGUUUCUAUAUACUGGACUUUUUGCAAGUUAGCAUUCAGGCUAAAUCUUUCAACACUCACUUAGCAUAGAUUCCUGUUCAGUGGGCUAGAGAAAUCAAUCAGCAGGUAACAACAUAUGCUUUUUUUCCAGUGAUUUUUGGUUCCCCGCAUCCACUUCAGGUAGCUCACAAGCCUCUAUAACUCCACCUUCAGGGGAUCUAAUACCCAUGGCCCUGUGGGGACCCACAUUCAUUCACAUGGACAUAUCCACAUGCAGACACAAACACCUAAUUAAUUAAAAAUUGGUUAUGGAAGUGCUCACCUGUGAUCUGAGCAUUUGGGAAGCAAAGGCAAGAUCAGGAGUUCUGAGCCAGUCUAGUUAGUAUACAUGUGAGACCCUGCCUCAAACUAAACAACAAAAGGGUAACUAAUAAUAACAGUACAUAAAUAAUAUAAAAUAAAGACUCUUGAUGGUUUGUAUUGUAAAUCCGAUUAUUUUUUUCUAAAUUUCUUUAAGAAUGUCUUUACCUUCUCACAUAUUCUGGAAAAGUCCAAGAAGAGUGAUCUAUACUUCCUCGAUUGUACUAGAGUUAACUUUAUGUGAUAAAAUAUCAGAAGCACAACCAGAAAUUUAAGCUAUUUGCUUAAUGCUCUUGGAUUCUGUACUGAUAAUUUUCUUGAAGUGUCUAAAUUGGUGUUCUUGCCCAGGACAAGGGUUAAUAGCUAUGUUGGAAAUGUGCUUUAAAACCAUUUAACUUAAACUGAAGUGCGUCUGGGAAACCACAAGUCCUUUCCACAUAAAGGAUCUGUUAUCCUCUCCUUUUCCCUUAACUUUUUCUCAAUUUCCAUCCUUUGGGUUUCUUUAGGUUGGUGUGUUUUACAGUGCUGGGAACUGUGAACGCAGGGCCUUGCACACGCUAGGGAAACACUCUGCCAACUGGGUUGCUUCCCAGCUGUCUUUGUGGUUACCUUCAUAACAUAAGCCUUUGGAUUCGGAGAAGCAUUCCUUAGUUGUAAGAGGUCUGUGCACUGAAGGAAGCUUGCCUUUAUCUCCAAUUGUACAAGCAAAUCAUUUAAUAUUUAAUCAAGAUGCCAGCUUUCUCUAGAAGAAUGUCAUAUGUUUUUUUGACUUUUUGUCCCAGAAUUAUAUUUUGGGGCUGUCACCACCAAGUUGUUAAUAGGGCCAUCUUUUGGUCUUUUUGUCUUUUUUUCCUUUAUUUUUUGGCAGACAAUAUAACUCCUAAGGUUUAGGUAUAAUCUGGUUUUAAAAACUUGAUUGAAACCACUGUUUUUUUGACUCAGCAGGCAGCCUAGACCCUGGCUGAAUGAAGGGGUAAGUCCUUCCUUGCAUGAUGGUGUGCAGGUUUUCCUGACUACCAAGUUUCUAAUGUUCAUAUGUGAAUUCACGUGUGUGGCUUCACCACCAUAACUUGUGUCUCCUAAAUACUCUAACUAACUUGUUAGGAAGGAAAGAAACCAGAUUUGCUUAAAUCUGUUCAAGGCUGACAUUCUGAAAUUUUAAACUGAACCUAACAGUAUUUAUAAUAAUAAUCAUGCAGGUCUAAUCUAGCUCUUUAUGAAUGAAAUUUCUUUUAUGAAAAGUUAUAAACAUAGCUUCUUUAAAAAAACUUAAAUGUAUUCAAGUGAACCUUUGUUUUGUUGUUUUUAUUUUUCUUUGUUGGAAAGAACUCGAUUAUACCAAAAAAGGUACGACUGUCCAUUACUUGGAGUAAGGCUACUUCCACAUCAUAAUGGGCCCUUCCUGUCUACCUUUUAGGUUGAGAAUGUCAGUCGUGAGCUUAGGGUUUAAGCGAUCAUCACUUGCAUGAUUAGUCUUGUGUAUCCUGAUAGCUUUGCUUUUCUGUGCCUGUUCAAAGUAACAUUUUUGCUAAGAACACUUAAAAUUAACUGACAUCAGUUUUGUUUUGGUUACCUGGUUGUGUGUAGUAUUUCUGGGACCAAAAAUUCUUUUAAACUACUGAGCUAUUAAAAUACAGACGCUCAGUCUGAAGCCAGAGAGCGCCUUUGUGUUCCAGCCCUGUCAUAGCUGGUAGGCAGGUUCUUGUGCACACUUUCCUCUCUGACUGUAGCAUGUGGUGUGUUUGAAAUACUUCCUUUUCUGCUUCCUGAUUCAAGUGUCAACACUAUAAGUAGACUGGAGCUGUGUUACAUAUUUUAGCUACUCAGUCUAAUAAAGUAUACAGGACCUCUUUCUGGUACCUUCUGAACUAAGCUUACGUGCAAAGGGCAUGUUAGUCACAUUUCAUGUCUUUGAACAUAUAUGGUGUUGUGAAACAUUCAUCUACACUAGAGAAAUGCGGUGCUUCAACCCUAGACUAUUUGAGCAACAUUUCAGUUUGUUGUCAGCCAUUAAACAUUUUGGCACGACUCGUCACUCCAUUUGUUAUUUUCUUGAGGAAAAUCCAUUUUGUUGUUAUACUUACAGCACAUGUUCUGGUCGUAAAACCAGUUGUUGAGAGUUGUAAUACAAUGACAGUAACUUUACAAAGUAGUCAUUUGCUGCGAGGACUUUGCUUAGCCAAAUCACUGCUCACUGUAACCCUUACAGAGCUUUUGGCUUACUCUGUGACCCUUGCUAGGAGUGUGGUACCUUGAAGCACUUGUUAAUCAGUUACCCCUCCUGCUUUCUGCACCUGUGAAAUAUAGUACUUGCUAGGUGUUUGAAGAUUUUACCAUCCAUGGGCUGGGGCUAGUUGUGUUAUUUGUAAAAUAAGUAUUAGUUUAAAAACAGUUUUCUUGGCUUAGUGGCACCCAGGCCCCUAUGCAAGAUAGAAUCUUGGUUAUCUCCCUUCAGAUUAGAGGAGAUGUAGUAUUUAGAACACUCUGAGAUAUUAUGUUUGUGUUCCUGAAGCUAUCUUGCUCGUGUUCAAGUUUCUAAUUGUCUAAAUGUAAGUUUUCAAUAAACGUAUUUCUUUAGA